CAAUGCCAUCAGCAGCAACAACAACAACAAGAAUACCUACAACACAUUGUCAACUGCCACACAAUGCCCAUCGAAAAUCACGCACGAGAUGCACGUCCUCCCAUUGGUUAACAAUGUGGGCGAAUGUCAGCAAAACGCUUUCGAUUGUCGACCGCUCCUGGCUGUUAUUGUUGACUCUGUUGAUUUGCCUGCAACUGAAUGGGUCACUGGCGGACGAGGAAUCACAGGAUUUUCAAAAGAACAUACCUGCACGCUUGGUCUGGGCCGCUUUGGGCAGGACUGUGGAUUUGCCAUGCGAUUUGACACCGCCCACGCCUCAGGAUUCUGUAAAGUUGUUGCUUUGGUUCAAGGACACAACAGGCAUACCUUUAUACAGUCUGGACUCGCGGGGCGGCAAUGUAAAAUUGGCUCCACAUGCGGCCAUAGCUAGCGAUCUGGGCCAACGUUUAUUUUUCAGCAUUGGCGAUAAUCCCAAAGAUUCACGCUUGCAAAUAAACGAUGUGAAGCCCGAAGAUGGCGGCGUCUAUCGAUGUCGCAUUGAUUUCUUUAACUCACCCACUCGCAAUUUUAGGCACAAUCUAACUUUAGUUGUGCCGCCAGAGGAACCACGCAUCUUUGAUGCACAAGGCAAGGAAAUCUCUCAAAUGGCCGGGCCAUUUCGAGAGGGUUAUGAGCUAUUUCUCUGCUGUCAAGUGAAAGGAGGACGUCCGCCACCCAAGGUCACCUGGUGGCGCGAUGAUAUCGAACUUAUUGGCACCAGUCACACAUCGGUUGAGGAGGGAGCCACUGUAAUGGUUAACCAGUUGUUGAUUGGCACCACCACACGAGAUUAUUAUGGAACGCGCAUUGAGUGCCGCGCCCAGGGCACUCGUCUGGUUGAGCCUGUCACCAAGGAUGUCACCGUACAGGUUCACUUAAAACCCGUACGCGUCAAGAUCAUUACGCCGAAUGACCUAUUGACCGCUGGACAUCCUGUGCCCAUUCGCUGUGAAUCCUGGGGCUCAUAUCCGGCUGCGAAAAUUGCCUGGCUCUUGGAUGGUGAACCCAUACGCAAUGCCGAAGUUACUGUCCACAAUGACAAAGAGGAUGCCAACAUUACGACCAGCACACUGACCCUGAAGGUAACAUCGGAAAAUGACAAUGCGGAGCUGACAUGUCGCGCCACGAAUCCUUGGUUCUCUGGUGGCGCCAUCGAGGACAAACGUAUUAUACGUGUAGCAUAUCCGCCCACCGUGUCCGUGCAUUUGGCCAACGAGGAUCCCAGUCGAGUGGUUACACGAGCCGAGGGCCAAAAUGUGACGUUCAAAUGCCGUGCAGAUGCCAGGCCUCCGGUUACCAGUUACUCUUGGUUCAAGAAUGGUAUGCGUAUGUCUGGCGAGAGCACGGAAAUAAUGCACCUGACACAACUGGAAAGGGAGAGUGCUGGCGCUUAUGCUUGUGGGGCAACCAACACGGAGGGCGAAACGCGUAGUUCGAGCUUGACUCUUAAAGUGCAAUUCUCGCCACGCUGUAAGCCAGGCACUGAGCAAACAUCCAUUGGAGCCAUCAACAUGCACUCGAUACAGGUGAAAUGUGAGGUAGAUGCCGAUCCCCCCGAAUCGGUGAGAUUCAGUUGGACAUACAACAAUACGAGGAACGUGUCGCCGGUGCUCAACUCGAGAAUACAAUCGAAUGGACUGACCAGCACGGUGACGUAUCUGCCGCAAACCGACUCCGAGUUAAUAACACUGGCUUGCUGGGCCAGCAAUGCGGUUGGUAGACAGACAACGCCCUGUCAGGUUCACAUACUACCAGCAAAUCCACCUGAGGCACCAAAAGCCUGCGAAUUGCGCAACGAUACUGUACUGGAGGUAGUUUGUGUGGCUGGCAGCGAUGGCGGUCUCUCGCAAUACUUUAUGCUGGAAGUUGUUGGUGGAGAUUUACUCUAUGCCAGCGAAACGGCCGCUGCUGGCUUACCUCGUGGACAAUUUGGUGAAUCAAUUGACAAUGAGAUAUCCACACUGAAUGAUCAGGCGACAUCUGCACCCAUCUUUCGCAUGCAGGAGAAUAGUCCACAAUUUCGUUUGAAUAAUUUAGAGCCGGGACGUGAAUAUCAAUUUUUAGUUUAUGCCGUCAACGCCAAGGGACGCAGCGAGCCUCCGGUGGUGAUUGAACGCGUGCGCGUGGCUGCCCAACUGGGACCAUAUGAUGAGUCCAUACUCUCGGAGGAUCCAACGCCGGCGGAGACCACGCAUCAUGGCGGAAGCGGCAGCGCCGGUGGAGGAGGAGCUGGCGGUAAUGGCAAUGCCGUUGGCAAUGUUGGUACCGGAGCCAGCAUUGGUAAUGGUCCCGAGAAGCAAGCAUCCACACUAUUGAUAUUGGCCGCUGUUGUGGCCAUUGGAGCCGUCAUUGUGACGUCAAUUAUAGUGGCCGGCAUUGUUGUUGUCUGUCGACAUCGGCCGCGACCACCUGAACCGCAGGAGGUGCGCAAAAGCAUGAGGCCGGCGCGCAACGAUGUGCCCAGCAUGUAUAUCGAAGAGGAUGAACUGAAUGAGCUGGAAGAGGGCGGCGGACGAGCGGCCGAGAUUCGUGCACGUGUAGCACCACCCACCUCGCAUUUAUGUGGCCCCGGGGGCGGUGGCAGUGUUAUGGGUGCUGGUGUUGGUACCACUGGACCGUCUAGUGGCGGUCCAAUUGUGGGUCUGGGCGUUGCCGGGCCCCAUCAUUAUAUAUCCGAGAGCUUCAUACAGUAUGCGCAGCCCAGUCUAAACGGCGAUGUACUGCUACCUUUGCUUGUUACAACAAUGGCCAACCAACCGGUGACUAGUUGCCAUCCAGCCAUCUCGAAUGUGGUUGUGGCUCUGCCUCGACAUACCGAAUGUACUAUGCCAACUAAAUUUUAUGUAACUAAAUCUGUGCAGCAAGCCGUAAGACAACAAGCCAGCAUUGCCACCACCACCACCACCACCACCACUUCUACUGAAAAACACAAGCUGCAACUGCAACUGCAGCUGGGUAGCCAUGUCUGAGCCUCAUGCAGCAACAACAACGGCAACAGACUGCUUCAACUGUUGGCUCAACUGGCAACUGACGAUUGCAAACUGUCCACAUAUGGCAAACAAAAAUAAAAAGAGACAACAGAAACCAAUGCCGAAUCCUUCAAAUGCUUUUAAAAUACAA